AUAAUCCCAAGUGGUUGAUAAGAUAACAAUGGACGAAAAUUCCGCCCUCCUCGAGCGGGCCACCGGUCUAAUCAAGUGCUGCAAACUGCCCCGUCUAACCCGUAGCAUCGACGAAGCACAGCUCAAACCGGAAUCCUUCCGGGAGUUCGUGUGCAUCCUGAACGAGACCCUGCCGAAAGUGUUCGAUUCACUGUCGCAGUACGAAAACCAACUGCUCGGUCACGAUGAAUUCAAUCCGGACAAUUUGGAAUUCCGAACGAAUUUGGUGCUGGUCACGUUGGAACAGGUGUACAUUCCGGGGGAAUUGUACGAUUUCCAAACCGAGAACCGGUCCUAUCGAGACCGCUUGGCUGAGAUGUACCAGAAUGGUCAGUUGGAGCGAGCUAUCACCGGCGAAGGCAGCGAACGGUUGCUGACGCUAGUUUGGGAGCACUAUCAGCGGGUUCUCAAGGCGAAGGAAUGGAUGUACCAUCCGGGGGACGUUGUUGGCUUCGUUAGGAUUUGCGAAUUUCUGUAUGGAAACAUGUUGGUGGACGCAAGCACCCUAUCGCAAGCGAAAGCUUCCUUCAUCCUGUCGGUUGGAAUCUCCUUAGUUGAGUUCCAUGAUCCGGAAUACGAAAUACUCGGAUUGCGACUGUUCAAUGUACUGCUGAGCGGGCAGCACCGAACGAUGCUGCGUGAGAGUAACAUCCAUGAGGUUGUGUUCCAAAAUGCUUUCCGGUUGAAAGCCAAAGCCAAGAGCGAGCGAUUCCUGAGGGAGCUGUGGACCUGUCUGUUUCAGUACGUUGAUCUGACGGCUUCGGGGCAGACGGAUUUCAGUGAGUGGUCCAUUCUGGACGACAUCGUCGAAGCACUGCUGGAAACACUGGCCUUCGAAUCGAACCUCGUUCUUUCGUCCAUACUGUUGACGUACCUGUUGAAACUGCUUUCGCUGGAUCUACCCAAUCUCGUAAUUGACGAUCUGGACGACGUCCAGGCGUUGGAUAGCAAAUGCCAUCUAUACGAACCGGUCCUCGAACAGCUUAGGAAGCACUGUGCCCUGGAGUUUCGGAAUCGUCGAUUCUACCGCUGGCAUAAGCGAUUGGUCUCGAUGCUACCGUUCGAGCUGGAAAAAGCUUGCGGAACAAGUCGGGAAUGUGGAAAGUAUAUGCACGGCGUUAAUGUGCUGUUCGUGCUGGCGGUUUUCCCCAUCGAAUCGGAAGCCAUUAACAACGCACCGGAUAUUCAGUCGAGCCUUCUGGAUUUCAUGAUCGUUUUCAAACGACACAUGCGGGACCAGUACGGGCGGAUUCAAUCGCUCACCGGGAAGUGCGAUUUCCUGCAUUCCUUGAAGGCAUCGGUAUCGUGUGACAAAUCGGUUGCCGUGUUCAGCAGAAGCGUCGCCCGAAGCUACUUCCCCGAUGAUCGGACCGCGUUUUGGAAGGUGAUCGGAAUGGAUUCGGACGAGUCCUACCAGGAGGAUAGGAUUUUCUACGAGUGUCUAAAAGAAUUGCAAACGAGAAUGUAGGUUUUUGUUUUGUUCACGAAGCA